GUUUGGGAGAAUGUCGGUGGGAGGGAUCGUUGGUGCAGGAAACGGUUAAAGCUCAGAGGCUGAACCUUCCGAGGGAGCAGAUAAAGAGACGGGAGCGCAUCUCUGUCCCAGACACCUGAUGAGCAUCCUCCCGACUCCUCACACAACGGGACACAACAUCUCAGGAGAUAAUAGGAGGGGGGUUUAUUUCGGGGGGCGGGGGGAGAGGGAUUUCUACCGAAGCACCAAAUGUUGGAGAACACCGACUGGGAACAGCAUUACUUUAUUUUCACUGGACUGUAAGAGAUGGCGCUGUCUUUCCGACGCAGGUGUUUGCUGCUGCUGUGUUUGACCGCUGUCCACAGUGAUGCUGCCGUCCAGACAUGCAUGGACAAGCAUCAGGUGGUCGGGGUGCUUCGUCAAAUGGAGAAGUUCCUGAAAGGCCAGGAGUUGCGUUUUACGGAAGGCCUCAGGAUCAUGAAGUCAAAGCUGGCAACACUCCAGAACUCUGUCUCCAAGUUACCUCAAGCUGACCAGUCAGCUGCUCCCACCACCUGCCCCACGCUGGAAGCCCCCGCCCACGGAACCAAGUUCGGCUCAAAGUAUUUUCUCGGACAUGAGGUCCAUUUCACUUGUAUCCCGGGCUACCACCUUGUCGGUUCUGCCACUCGUGUCUGCCGGGACAACGGCACCUGGACUGGCAUCGGCGCCGUCUGUAACGAUAUAAGUGAGUGUGCAAGUAAUCCCUGCCAAAAUGGAGCUACCUGUGUGGAGGGUGUUAACCAGUACAAAUGCACCUGCCCCCAGAACUGGAGUGGCUCCCACUGUCAGCACCAAACGCAGACAGCACCACCUGAGUGGAGCGUCAUGAAUGAUCCAGCAUUCAGCCGGAGACCUCGCUGUGCCCAGGUGAACAGAGCCCAACACUGCAGCUGUGAUGCGGGCUUUCACAUGAGUGGCACCUCGGACAAGAGCAUCUGUCAGGAUCUAAACGAGUGUGAGGUGUACCGGCUAAACAGGGGAGGGAAGCUCUGCGCACACGAGUGUGUGAAUGUCCCGGGCUCGUUCCACUGCGCCUGCCCCAGUGGCUACAAGCUGCUCCCAGAUGGGCGGAGCUGUGAGGAUGUGGACGAAUGUUUAACCCAGCAGCACAACUGUAGCCGGGGGACGACUUGCAUCAACACGGGGGGUGACUUCCUGUGCGUCGACCCAGAGUGUCCCCGUUCCCAUGGCAACAUCAGCUACGUCAGGACAUCUCCCUUUCAGUGUGAGAGGAACCCCUGCCCCAUGGACAGCAGAUCCUGCCACAUGGCUCCCAAGACCGUGUCCUUCCACUACCUGUCUCUCACCUCCAACCUGAAGACUCCUGCCACGCUUUUCCGCAUGGCGACCGCCGCCGCCCCGGGGCGCACCGGGCCGGACAGCCUGCGAUUCGGCAUUGGGGGCGGAAACACCCGCGGCAUCUUUGUCAUGCAGCGCUCCGACAGGCAGACCGGGGAGCUGAUCCUGGUUCAGCAGCUGCGCGGGCCGCUGGAGGUCAGCGUGGACGUGGACAUGUCCGAGUACAGCGACCGCACCUUCCAGGCCAAGCACGUGGCCAGGGUUAAUGUUCUGGUCUCACCGUACAGCUUCUGAGGGGAAGGAGGAGGACGUCGGACAAGCAGAGGAAGAGGAGCGGAGGAAGAGUUAGUUAUUGGCACAAGUUUUCCGAUACUGUUUCUUCUCCCCUCACCAGAAAGAGUGACACAGUGACAAGCCAAUAUUAAUCAAGCAGUUAUAAUACGAGUACCAAUUCACAGGAAAACAUAUCAUAGAUCCUUCUUUCAUAGUAUGAGCUUUGACUGAGUGUGUUUGAGUGUUGGGUUGAUGUUGUCCAUCACAGAGCAUGUUUGUAGCUCAGGGUCAGGCGCGGGCCUGAUGCACUGCCCUUGCUUUGUUGAUGAUAAAUUCCUUAUAAGACUUUAGUGCUCUUGAGGCUCUAAUUUAUUGGAAAUAUUAUUGCUGUUUUUUACAUUGUAACAUACUGUACGCCACAUCAUAUACUGUAUAUUUGUUUUUGUUGUUUUGUACUAGCUUACUUUGUUUAAGCACCAUCCCUUAUACUAAAGGAGUUGUGUUUCUAUACAGUAGAUGGAGUCCUGAGCAUAUUUCCUUUAUUACUCAUAUUUUGUACGUUAUCCAGAAAUCGUAUAUUCAGAUAACUGUUGAUUUGGCAAGCUUGCAAGUGCACUACACAAUUCAUCUGGAAUUUUAAUUUUCUCUACAUAACUGAAAUAAAGUUGGUCUAAAUUUCAGUAUUUGUUAUAAAU